AUGGCCACUCCUGCUGGUGCUGAUUCUGAUACAACUGCUCUCCGUGAUCACUUGAAAAGCUCAUUCCAGCGUGCAAACGAUGGCAAAGUGCCAGUCCUGACUCAUUUGAAUGCCGAUACAUCUUGGCUGUUGUCCCUCGCGUAUCCCGAUCAAGUCUCUCCACCAAAUGGUCGUUCGCGCUACAACAUCUUAAUCGAUCCCUGGCUGGACGGGCCACAAGAAGAUGUUGCUUCGUGGUUCUCCAAGCAGUGGCACCUGGUGCAGAGCAGUGUGCGGACUAUCGACGGGCUCAAUGCCAUCCUUUGCGAUGCUGAGGGCUUGGAAUCGCAGACCGCCGCUGAAGCAGGGAGGAAUGGCUGUUCUUUUAUCGAUGCUAUAGUCAUCUCCCAUGAAUUUACAGACCACUGUCAUCAGGCAACGCUGCGCGAAGUCGACCGCACGGUGCCAGUCAUUGCGACCACGAAAGCAGCCCAAUUGAUCAGAACAUGGGAUCAUUUUGACACGGUUAUCGAGAUGCCGAACUUCACAGCGGACACCAACUGGCAAAAAACCAGCAUUCCUCCUCUACCCUCCUGGAUUGGCAUAAGUCGACUGGUCACCAACUCUGACGCUCUCUAUUAUCAUUCAGCAGUAAUGCUCUGCGCGCGGCGGCCUAACUGUGCGACAGAGGCUGUGGAUGCCUUGAUAUACACUCCUCAUGGCGUGGAAGCCUCGACCCUGUCUGUGGUUGCUACAGCGUCGCCCCCAGUGGAAGUUUUGGCAUUGUUGCAUGGCCUUCAUGACGUCUCCAUCAAGUGGAGCAAACAGCUUAAUUUGGGAGCAAUCAACGCAGUGAAGGCACAAAAGACCCUGCAUGCAAAGUACUGGAUUGGUACACACGACGAAGAGAAGGGAGGCUCAGGGCUGAUUGCUUUUCUGCUUCAGCGGAAGAUCCUGACAGUUCGGGAAGCGAUUGCCCAAGUCCAGGCUGCAGAGAAGGAGAAGUCUGAGCACGCUUCUGGCAGGAUAGAAGACCUGACUUGUGUGGAGCUGAAAAACGGAGAGAGUAUGGUGUUAGGCUAG